AUGGCGUCGAAUCUCGCCUCGAUCGCGGGGAGGACUGGCCUUCGGGCUCGCUUUUCCGCAUCCCGCUUGCCCCAAGGGCCGGCGGCUUUCUUGCCGAAACGGGUCGAUCGUGUCCCUGGUGCCUUGCGAUAUGCUUCGGAGUCAGCUCCCGCUGCUGAAACUGUGAAGGAGGCUGCGAAAGAGACUGCCAAGAAGGCGCCGAAGGAGAUCCCCAAGCGGACGAAGCGCGGGUCCAAGAAGGGCCUUUAUGGUACUUCAUUGGCCGUGGUCUUGUUGGUCGGAUAUGUCUAUGGCACCGAUACUCGGGCUAGUCUGCACCGCUAUGCUGUCGUUCCCCUCAUCCGGGCUAUCUACCCCGAUGCUGAGGAGGCGCACCAUGUUGGUGUUGAUGUGCUGAAGACCCUCUACCGGUUUGGUCUGCAUCCUCGGGAACGUGGAGACCCGGAUGGUGAUGGAGCUUUGGCUACUGAGGUCUUCGGCUACAAGAUCAACAACCCUGUCGGUAUCUCCGCCGGUCUCGACAAGCACGCCGACAUCCCCGAUGUUCUGUUUGACAUUGGCUCGGGCAUUGUCGAGGUUGGCGGCACCACUCCACUGCCGCAGGAAGGAAACCCCAAGCCACGUGUUUUCCGCCUGCCUUCGCAGAACGCCAUGAUCAACCGCUAUGGCCUUAACUCCCUCGGCGCUGACCACAUGGCCGAGGUUCUGAAGCAGCGUGUGCGGGACUUCGCCUACGCCGCCGGCUUCGGCUCCCACGAUGACUCUGAGCAGCGCGUUCUGGACGGCGAAGCCAACGUGCCUCCCGGUAGUCUGAUCCCCGGCAAGCUGCUCGCCGUGCAGGUGGCCAAGAACAAGCUCACGCCGGACGGCGACAUUGACGCCAUCAAGCGCGACUACGUCUACUGUGUUGACCGCGUCGCCAAGUACGCCGACAUUCUCGUCGUGAACGUCUCCAGCCCCAACACCCCCGGUCUCCGCGAUCUGCAGGCCGCAGCCCCACUGACAGCCAUCCUGACGGCCGUCGUGGGCGCCGCCCAGAACGUCGAGCGCAAGACCAAGCCCCGGGUUAUGGUCAAGGUCAGCCCGGAUGAAGACUCAAACGAGCAGCUCUCCGGUAUCUGCGAGGCCGUCUGGAACUCCGGUGUUGAUGGCGUCAUCGUCGGAAACACUACCAACCGCCGGCCCGACCCGCGCCCUAAGGGCUUUGUUCUGUCGGAAAAGGAACAGCAAACCCUCAAGGAGACCGGCGGCUACUCGGGUCCGCAGCUCUUUGACCGCUCUGUGCCUCUAAUUGCCCGCUACCGCGCCAUGCUCGACCAGGGUCCCCCGUCUCAAACUGAGGCUGCGGCUGAGAAGCCCGAGGAGGGAUCUGGCCCUACCGAGAUACCUGCUCGCAAGGUUAUCUUUGCCUCUGGCGGUAUUACCAAUGGUCAGCAGGCACGUCAGGCGCUUGAUGCCGGUGCCUCGGUUGCGAUGAUGUACACUGGUGUUGUCUAUGGCGGCAUCGGAACCGUGACCCGGGUCAAGCAAGAGCUGCGUGAGGAGCUGCAGAAGAAAUGA